UAGGACCUUUGGGGCCGCGAAGCAUCUAAUCGCAAUCAUAGACUAGUUCCAGCUGACACUUCGGUGUCUCACUCGCGUGAGGUGUCUGCAUACGGGUGUCUGAGACUCAGGAGUGCACUUCGGAUUUGGUGCCAGGAAAAGUCCUCACACCCCAGCAAAGACCUAACCAGCUACUUGGCAUCGUAGCGACCCCGUCAAACCACCAUUGACCCCCAAUUCGUCCUGCUGUGCUUGCCACGCCGUGCUACGCCUUCAUCUCUACUCCUCCACCUCUCACCAGACCUCCCGCACUACCUUGCACUACCUUGCCCGCGCACGCCCUUGCUCUCCGUGGCAAUUUCUCAGCAGAACCAGUCUACACUUCAAACCACUUCUACUAUACCCCACAAUGAGCGACAACAUGCAAAUAGACUCGCCCUCUCCCAGGGAGAUAGACGAAGGCUUAUACUCCAGACAAUUGUACGUCUUGGGCAAGGAGGCCAUGUUGAAAAUGCAAAACGCCAACGUAUUAAUAAUCGGCUUGAAAGGUUUAGGUGUGGAAAUCGCCAAAAACGUGGCACUUGCUGGUGUCAAGUCCUUGAGCUUGUACGAUCCUAAUCCCGUGGAAUUGAAGGACUUGUCGUCCCAAUUCUUCUUGGACUCCAAAGCUGAUUUGGGCAAAACCAGAGCCGAGGCUUCUGCUCCGAAAUUGAAGGAGUUGAACUCCUACGUGCCAAUUUCUGUUCUCGAUAGCUUGGAGUUGGACACUUUGGCCCAGUUCAAAUGUAUCGUGUCCACCGACAUUUCCUUGGAGGAACAGGUGAGAAUCAACAACUUCACCCACGAAAGAAACAUCGGUUACAUCCACGCAGACAUCAGAGGGUUGUUUGGAUCUUUGUUCGUUGACUUUGGUGAGAAGUUCACCAUCAUCGACCAGACUGGCGAGGAGCCAUUGACUGGGAUUGUCUCUGACAUCGAGCCCAACGGAACUGUUACCAUGUUGGAUGACAACAGACAUGGGUUGGAAGACGGCGACUACGUCAAGUUCACCGAGGUCGAGGGCAUGCCCAAGCUCAACGAUGGAAACCCCCACAAGAUUGAGGUUUUGGGUCCUUACGCCUACAAGAUCAACAUCGACGAAAGCUACGGCACCUAUGUCAAGGGUGGUUUGUACACCCAGGUCAAGGUCCCUAAGGAGAUUUCGUUCGAGCCAUUGGUGAAACAAUUGGCCAACCCAGAGUACGUGAUUUCUGAUUUCGGCAAGUUCGACAGACCUCCGCAAUUACACUUGGGGUUCCAAGCCUUACACGCUUUCCAAACUAAGAACUCUGGCAGAUUACCAAGACCAUACCACGAAGAAGAUGCCACUGAGUUUUUGACCUAUGUCAAACAGCUUUCCACCCAAUCGCCAACCAUCUUGGGAGAAUCCGAGAUUGACGAGAAGUUGUUGAGGGAAUUGGCUUACCAAGCCACUGGUGACAUUCCAGGUGUGGCUGCAUUCUAUGGUGGUUUGAUUGCCCAAGAAGUCUUGAAGAACUGUUCCUCGAAGUUCGGUCCAGUCAAGCAAUGGCUCUACUUUGAUUCCUUGGAAUCAUUGCCUCCCAAUGACAAAUUCCCAAGAAACGCAGAGAACAACAAGCCUUUGGGAACCAGAUACGACGGACAGAUUGCUGUCUUUGGUAAGGAUUUCCAUGAAGCUAUCAAGAACGUCAAGGUCUUCUUGGUGGGUUCAGGUGCCAUUGGUUGUGAGAUGUUGAAGAACUGGGCCAUGAUGGGUCUUGGUUCUGGUCCAGAUGGUAAGAUCUACAUCACCGAUAACGAUUCGAUCGAAAAGUCCAACUUGAACCGUCAAUUCUUGUUCAGACCAAAGGAUGUUGGUGGAUUCAAGUCAGAAGUGGCUGCUUUGGCAGUUUCUAAGAUGAACCCUGACUUAUUGGGCAAGAUUGACGCUAAGUUAGAUAAGGUGGGCAACGACACUGAACAUAUCUUCGAUGACAAGUUCUGGAAUGAAUUAGACUUUGUCACCAAUGCCUUGGAUAAUGUCGAUGCUAGAACUUAUGUUGACCGUCGUUGUAUCUUCUACAAGAAACCAUUGCUCGAAUCAGGAACUUUGGGAACCAAGGGUAACACUCAGGUUGUUAUUCCAAACUUGACUGAAUCCUACUCUUCUUCACAGGAUCCACCAGAGAAAUCCAUUCCAUUAUGUACUUUAAGAUCUUUCCCAAACAAGAUCGAUCACACAAUCGCCUGGGCCAAGUCUUUAUUCCAAGGAUACUUUGCUGAUUCUCCAGAAAGUGUCAACUUGUACUUGAGUCAACCAAACUUCGUUGAACAAACCUUGAAGCAGAACCCAGACAUUAAGGGUACCUUGGAAAACAUUGCCAACUACUUGAACAAACGUCCUUACAGCUUUGAAGAUUGUAUCAAAUGGGCACGUACUGAAUUCGAGACCAAAUACAACCACGAGAUUCAACAAUUGUUGUACAACUUCCCCAAGGAUGCCAAAACCUCUAAUGGUGCACCAUUUUGGACCGGUCCAAAGAGAGCUCCAGAACCAUUGAACUUUGAUAUCCGCAACGAUGAUCACUUCAGAUUCAUUUCUGGAGGUGCAAACCUUUUGGCCUUUAUCUAUGGAUUGAAGGCUCCAAAUGCUACCUUUGAAGAUUACGAAAAGGUCUUGGCCAGUUAUGAAGUAACUCCAUUUACCCCUAAGUCGGGUGUUACUAUUGCUGCCAACGAUGCUGAAGCUGAAGAACAAGCCAAGGCUGGUUCCGGCUCCAUUGAUGACCAAGAAAUUAAGUCUAUUGCUGGUUCAUUGCCUGAACCAAGUACUUUGGCUGGCUUCCGUUUGACCCCUAUCGAAUUCGAAAAGGAUGAUGACACCAACCAUCAUAUUGAGUUCAUUACUGCUGCAUCUAAUUGUAGAGCUUUGAACUAUGCCAUUGAAACCGCCGAUGCUCACAAAACCAAGUUUAUUGCUGGUAAGAUUAUCCCAGCUAUUGCUACCACUACUGCCUUAGUUACUGGUUUGGUCAACUUGGAGCUUUACAAGGUUGUUGCCAAGAAUGAUGAUAUCGAACAAUACAAAAAUGGGUUUAUCAAUUUGGCCUUGCCAUUCAUUGGAUUCUCCGAGCCCAUCAAGUCCGCUCAAGGGAAGUACAACGAUAAAACCUUCGAUCAAAUUUGGGACAGAUUCAACUUGGAAGGUGAUAUUACCUUGCAAGAGUUUAUCGACCAUUUUGAACAAGAAGAAGGCUUGGAGAUUUCCAUGUUGUCCUACGGUGUUUCCUUGUUAUACGCCUCGUUCUUCCCACCAAAGAAGGUUAAGGAUAGAUUGAGCUUGCCAUUAACCAAGUUGAUCAAGGAAGUUAGCAAGAAAGACAUUCCAGAACAUGUUAACUACUUGAUCUUCGAAAUCUGUUGUGAUGAUAAGGAGGGAGAAGAUGUUGAAGUCCCAUACGUUUGUGUUAAGAUCUAAAUAGAGUGCUCCAUGUCACAUGUUAGAGCUGGCCAAGGUAGAGAUAGCUAUAUAGUAAUUGGUAGAGUUUAUCGAAUAAUGUUAUGUUAAUGUCUCUAAAGAA